CUCAAGCAACAUGUAAUAAUACAGAAGGAUCAUAUUUAUGCACUUGCAACCCUGGCUACACAGGCAAUGGAACGUAUUGCGCAGGUCAGUAUAGAGAGCCAUAAAAUAAUGUUAUAAUAGAGCGUCUGCACAUGGCGUCACACCCGCCAUGUUGGUGUUCCAAUUCAUCGAAAGAAAUUCAGUUAGACUCUUUUGUCUGGAACAUCAACAUGGCCGCCAAGGCUUUUGUUGAGUUGGUCCCCUGGGGAAUGAGUGCAAACGCUCUAUAAUGCUGGAGAAAACAGAUUUGAGCUUGAGUCCCCAGAUCAUUCUGGUACCCAUUUGGAUAGUCCGCAAAAAAGGCCCUGGUCAUGUGACAGUCUGAAAUUUGGGGGUGUUAGUGUGAUAAUGUAUGCGAAAUGCAUAGACAAAAAUUAGCAUUUAAAUGUGAUGUAUUACAGUCACUAGGAGUAAACACAUUAUAUGUUGCGUAAAAGAUCAAAGAGAAAGCAAAAGAAUAAUUUGAUUUUAUCAGAUUUUCAUUUUUUACACAAAUUCAAACUGAAAUACACCAUCAUUUGCAUAGUUUUGUGGAAUUGUCAAUUGGCUCUCAUGUAAUGAUUUUUGCCUUCCCAGUGUCGUCGUUCAGCACUGAACGAUUCGGUUCAGUGCAUGCUAUGAAGACAGAAAUACCACCAUUCGAUUCAGACAUGAAAGAUUUAACUAAUUCUUCCCUAUAGUUUUAGUCAUUAUCAACAUUGUAGCGAUUUAUGGGCCUUUGAAAGUCAUACACGAUCAUAUUGUAUCAAAUUACGCAAUUGUCUGAACAAAAAUAUAGACUAGCCAUACCUUUGGCCGAAAAUAACUUUGGCCCCUUCGAACAUAUCGUAUUUGUAAUAGUCUUGUUCGAAUUCCCAUUAAAAACACUACUUAGAGUGUUAUUUGCAAGCCUGUAUCUUCAAAUCUGUAUCUUUUAUCAAUAUAUUUCCAUUUCUUGUCCGACUGUGAGCUCGAAGUGAGUUAAUCCCAACCGGAAAUACGACUGAAAACCGUCAAAACAAUGCGAAGCUUGUAUCGUAUGACCCAGAGCGUAUGACCUAAGGCCAAAGACCUAAAGGUCCAGUUACACGUGCGAUUUUUUUCUCGCGCCGGCAACGCAACGGGUUAAAUUUCAUUGCGUUACUCGCGCGAGUGAUGAAAUUGCCCGUGUAACAUAUCUGGCUCGGUAAUGCAAUUGCAACCCGAUAUUCUCGGCAAUCGUUGCGGAAAGUUGAAAUGCUUGAAUUUUCGGCAACGAUUGCCGAAACUAUCUUUUUUAAAUGAUCAAAAUCCAUUCGCAUAAAUUUUUCAAAUCCUGGUGUGUCGUGGGCAGGCAGAUCGGGAAGAAGCUGACCGAAAUAACCUUUGUUUUUUCUCUCUAGAAGCCAGUGCCGGCUCCAAAUACGUUUCUUUUCUUUAACCUCCUCGUCAUCUUCUUCCAGCAAAAGCAUUGCAGCUAUGACCACAAGUUCUUUCUUCGACGCCAUGUUGUUGUCAGUGACGUUUGUGCCCGGUUUUUUCAUGCAAAUAGUUGCGACGCGGCUAAGCUAUCAUUACUCGUGUCGCCACUUCACUCGCGCGAGUAACGCAAUGAAAUUUAACCCGUUGCAAAGACGUUGCGUUGCCGGCGCGAGAAAAAGAUCGUACGUUUAACUGGACCUUAAGGCCAGAAAUGGUUCGCAAGGUCAAAUUGCACCUACAUGCGUGAGUUUGACGUCAUCCCGGCUACAGGUGCUUCUUAUUGGCCAAUUCUUGCGCAAUGUGCGCAAGUGCGAGUAAAACCCGACAUCUUGAAAUAUUCAAAAUAAAUAUUUCUACUCGCCGUAUUCAAACGAAAUUUUGUACACGAAAGCGCUUGAAUACAAAGAGUAUUUACACAUAUAGCCGUUCAGACAAGGACGAAAGGUUCAAGAGAUAUUCAAGAUUUUCUGGAUAUGAACUUUAGAAUCUUUGGCCAAGCAGUGAGUAAAUAUAUGAUUGUUUCGGUUUGUGUAAUGUUCUGACGGCACUUGACCCCCCGUUUGAAAGGUUAUUUUGCGAGGAUUACAAUGGUGGCUUUUAUUUAAAAGGGGGGGGGGGGGGUAAAUACUCCCCGAGAUAUUUAUGUUAGAAAAAUUGUGUCGUAAUAUGAAGCGAAAGGGGGUGGUUGAAAAAGAGUUAAAAUUAGAAGACAUUGGAAAUAAAAAAAUACUUUAGUUUAUUUGAAAAACUUAAAACUAUAUAUUACUGUCGUUCCAAUUGAAGUGUUCCUCAAAUAUUGAUUCAAUACAUUACCUCGGGCUGACCAAUUCAUUUCAUCAAGUUCCUCGAAAUAUUCAUACACUUUCUAGUAUAAUUGUAAACUUCCUGUUGAAUAGUUUGAAUGCACCAAUCACCUUUGUUGUUUGUGCAACUAACCAAUCAUAAAUAGAAAGGAAGUGACCAGAAAUGAUCAAAUACUUGGAAUUGGCUAUUUCAUAGGAAGUGUAUGAAUAUCUCGAGGAACUUGAUGAAAUGAAUUGGUCAGCCUGAGGUAAUGUAUUGAAUCAAUAUUUGAGGAACACUUCAAUUGGAACGACAGUAAACUCUAUCACAGAUUGUUUAUAUCUUGCUUAGUUUUCAAAAUAUUUCGACUGAAAAAAGAGAGCUGUUCGCCAUCUUGGAUUGUUGAGGAUAUGCAUGUUACGUCAAGAGAGGGGUCACGCUAAUUUUUUAUCUUGAGAGUAAGCGAUCAAUAUGGGUCCAAAACUUCGUUUCUGGUUGCUGUCUGAAAUUUAGAAAUGAUUAAAAAUAUUUCAAGCAAUUUUGGAUUGUUACUCGAUCAUUUUAGAGUAGUUUUAUAUGGUUAACCCAACCCCUGACGUCAUCAAAACCAUAGUUAAUGAGAUCAAGAAUUAGUCCAAGAUGGCGAACAGCUAAUUAAUUUCGAUCUAAAUAUCUCAAGAACUAUAAGCAAGAUAUGACAAAUCGGUAAUAUAGUUAAAUAUAUAAUUUUAACAGUUCUUUUGAAUGAAACAAACUAAUUUUUUAUUGCCAAUGUAAAAACGUGAAAAUCGUAUUUGAAAAGGAAAAUUUUAGUCUCGGUUGUACGAACGACGGACAAUUUGAAAUGGUUUACUAAAUGAUCACCAUUGGGCCGAUGAAGUUAUCCGCACUCCUAAACAUUUAAAAUUAACUCUCCCUGGUGCUUAUGUUUUCAUUUGUGUGCGUAUUUGUCUCUCCGCUUUGUAACUCAAACACUAUCAAACAUAUACGAACACGAAAUAUUGGGAACUGAUGGAAAUACCCCAUUGGCAUUGUUGCAAAUGAAGCGCUUGAAAAUAGCAAUAUUAAUAUUCGUAAUAUCAAUGCUAAUAUUAAUAUUUGGUUAUAUUAAUAUUUCGUAAUAUCAAUGCUUGAAAAAUUCCAAACAGUUUUAGAGAUAUUCAAGAUUUUCUGCAAAGUACUGUAAAAAAAGCAAAGUUUUGGAAUAAGCAUUUUACAUUUUGUUUGUGCAAUUUUGUGAACUGAGUCAAACCCCUCAUUAAAAGGAUUGGUUGGUAAGGAUUUUAAUUGUGUUAACUUGAUGUGAAGGAGUAAAUAAUCGCCGGAAAAUUGCAUUUGAAAUACUGAAGUGUAGUUGCAAUGUUUUCAGCUGUCAAGAAUAGGCAACAAAAUUAAUAUAUCGUCACUUUGAACAAACAUGCGUUGUAGGAUUUCCUGCAGUAUAUGUUCCCUCUAAUCCUUUGUAAAGAAAUGAAAAUGUACUUUUAUAAACUGUUUGCCUGCAUGCUCGUCCCAUUCUGCUCUUUUAGCGUUUCUCACUGACGAUCUUCAAUCCCAACUCCAUUACAUUCGAAAUAUUUUUCAGGGCAGUGGGAGGUUAACCCAUUAAUCUUAGCCAUAUUCGCUCUAUCACUAAUGCAUUCUUCCAUCCGCUGGCGGGCGGGCGGACGGACGGACGGACGAACAAAUUUUGUGACUACAUUCUGUCUCUCAAUUUACAAUACAAGUCACAGCUUUUAGCGUUGUUAAUUUGAAGCGGCGAAUUUUACCUUAUGGUAUAUACCAUUUCCUGCAGUAGAACAUUACUAUAGUCAACGGAUUGCCAAACGGGACAAAAUUGCACGCGUGAAUCAAACGUUAUAUUUUCUGGCAUUUGUUGCUAAUUCUGUUUUUGCUGCUGUUGUUAUUUUAUGAUGAUGAUGUUUUGUUAUUUUGUUGUUUUCCCGAUGUUCCUGUUCUCUUCAGUUGUCCUUGUUUAUAUUGCUGGUCUUGCCUUUGGUUGGUGUUGGUGGUGUUGUUGUAUAUACACAUGUCUAAUUAACAGUUUUUGUCAUGUUUUAUAUAGACAUCGAUGAAUGUAUGGCCAGUACUGAAAACUGUCAUGUAAAGGCAACUUGCACGAAUACGAUUGGUAGCUUCACCUGUGAAUGUAUCGCGGGUUAUGAAUGGAAUGGCACCCAUUGUGUUGGUAAGUUAUAGCUUAACAAUGUAAAAUGAACAGAACAGAGUAGAUCUAGGUAUUUUCUUAAGUGGUAGGUUUUCUUAGGUAUUUUCUUACACUGUAAUAUUUAACAAUCAUAGAACUAUGGACGUUUUAGAACGGAAAAGAACGAAGUAUAAGUAUUGUGCUGGCGAGAGAUGAACCAUAAAACUACACUACCUGCAGUGAACUUAAUUUAUUUUACUGAUAAAGAGACGGAGUUCACUUCAAUCUGCACAUUUAAAGGUUUAGAGGAAUUCGGAUCGUUAUGUCAAAAUUGGGACAGUUCGUAAUUCUGUUACACGCGUGUUUAAUAACAUUAAUUGUUUUGAUUUUCAUUUUUUACACAAAUUCAAGCUGAAAUACAGUAUCAUUUUCAUAGUUUUGUGAAAUUGUCAAUGUACUUUCGUGUAAUGAUUUUUGCCUUCAGUAUCGGAUGCAAAAAUGUGAAAAAUGUUAUUUAAACACGAAAAAGUUUAGUCUCGGUUGUACGAACAACGGACAAUUUGAAAUAGUUUAAAUAAUCGUCGAUGAAGGGUCACUCGUUACAGUCCUGACAUUCGAAAUAUUUUAGUGAGGAUAGUGGGAAGUUAACCCAUUAAUCUUAUGCACUUUAUCACUAAUUCAUUCGCCACUCCGCGAGAUCAUCUUGUUUUUGAUGUAAAUAGGCGAGCGGAAUUAGUGUCCUGGCAACGCGCUCUACACAUGUUCGGGGAAAAAAAUACUGAAAGAAUUGUGCCGACAUAGGUAUUAUGCAGUUUCAGGACAUUUAUUUAACCAAGAAAUUCUCAGAAAGAUAUUCGGGAUUGAUGUGACCAUGAGGUAAUGCAUGUAGUCAGGCAGAUAGAGGAUCAAAAUUAUGGAAAACUUACCAUAUCGUGGGACAAUUCCAUUUUGCCUUCAUAUUGUGCCCUGAAGGCUAGCAAGUACGUUUCUGUAUGUUGGCGGCGUUAAGAUUUCUUGUGAGUUCCUGCCGACACGUUUUUCUUCGAAUUUUAUAUUAACCUCUAUUACAGUUAAAAAAUGUGAAAUUUCUGAUACAUUUCUAAUACAAAUUAUUUGCAUCAAGUAUCAAAAUUGUAAUGCAAAGUGAAUAGUAUAAAAAUUACACUAUACGGCAAAAAAUUGCCGUCGUUGCUGCAUUGAUCCACGGCAUUUUGUUCUCCCUCUACGGCAAUUGCCGCGAUAAAAUUCAAUUAAGCCCUGGUAAUAGUCUGAAAAUACGCUUUCAACAGCUCAUAACUCAAGAAGAACUUGAAAACCCUGGUAACCUUUUAAAUGUCUUAAAUGUAGUUUUUUGCAAGCUUUCAAAUGAUGGAAGUCAUUUCGGUUAGAAAUGUAUUUGAAAUUCAUAUUUUUAACUGUAAUAGAGUUUACUGCAAUAUUCGAAGAAAAACGUGUCGACAGGAGCACACAAGAAAGCUAAUCGAAAUCUCCGAGUCCACUCUACUUUACAUGCACCUUAACAUUUAUAAUUUUAAUCUAAUUUAGUUCUAUGUGCCAGAUCUGUUUGUUACAGAUUCUUGCACUGCUAUUAUCUGGGAUUACCUGCACUGAAAUCAAUCAACAUGCAUUAAUAGCACUUUACUGUAUAUUAUAUAUACAUUUUCUGUCAUCUCUGGCUGUAACAGAUGGUCAAUAUUUGUGGUGUACUAGAAAGUGAUUAAACCUAUAAAAGAUCAUCUAAUAGUCUAAAGUGAUAAUUGUAGGUGUCAAUAUAUGCAAGACUCAAGAUGGAAUGAAAUAAUGCUUUUCAGGGUUAUUAUAAUAGACUACCUUCAUAAUAUGAGUGGGAUAUAUGACACGUAAUUGGCUAAUGGUAAUGCGCGUGCAUUAUAUCACCAUAAACCAACUUUUUUGCCUUGUCUCUGGUUUCUUAGCAAAAACAAUGUUAACAGAAUUAUAAUCCUCACACAUAUAGAAACACAUCCUCAUACAUAGAAUCACAUAGUCACACAUAGCAACACAUCGACAUACAUAGCAGCACAUGGCAACACAUCCUCACACAUAGAAGCCGUUUAAAUCCAAAUUUAUUAGAAACUAAUUGACCAGAACUGCUACGAGGACUUGUAGUCAUUAAAGAAUGAAAUUUAUACGCCAAACGUAAACUUCAAACGCUAAACUUAAUUUACUGCAUUGGAGAUUACAGGACUAUUGGUUAAUUUGCUUUCUUAAAUCAUUGCUAAAUACCACAAGUUUAAUAAUUGUUUAAAAUAUUUCAAAACUGGUGUAAAAGCUAUUGUGAUAGAAUUAUAAAAUCAAAAACUUUGUUAAUCGUUUGACGUUUGCCUUGAACGUCCAUCUUAAGGUCUGUAAUAAAAAUCUUGGACUCCAAAUCCGGCUUGUAAAACGCAGCAAAACAACGGUAAAUCCCUUUAUCAGGGUGGGUUAUUUUUGUCAUUUUCUAACAUUUUCCAUCCAGUUUAUUAAGUAUAAUUUCCAAAAUUUAUAAUGUUUUUUCUAUUGCCUGCCUGAAAAUUCUAGCUUGUUGCUAGGCGAUGAGUAAAAACAUGCAUGUGACAUCAUCUUUCAAAUAAAAUUGCUUACUGGGUAAUAUCUUGGGAAGCCUCGCAGUGCCUCGGAAGGUCGUCUCCACUUGAAUGGGGGUUUUCUAAAGAACGAAGCAAUUCAUUGUUGUAUAGUAAACACAAAAGCAAUUGUCAAAUCGAGCCAAUAUCUUCCUUUUAUAUUAUAAAAGGAAUAGAAAAACUCGUCUCAUGCAUUUAUUUCAAAUCCGACUAUGAGGACUGGACUAGAUUUCAAUUUGACUAGAUUUCAAUUUGAUUUGAUUUUCAACUGGAGCAAAAUGCGAGGACUUGAAAUCUAAUCCAGUCCGAAUUGGAGGAUUUGAAAUGACAUCUCAUACGAAUAAAUCACUAUUUAAUUCAUUUUGAUCCAGUCCAAGGACUGAAUCAAUUUUGAUCCAGCCCUAGGACUGGAUGAAAAUAUUUCACCAGGUAUAUCCAGUAUUAUCAUGUGAGCAAAAUAAAGCAAUAUGGCUGGCUAAUUUACUCAUGAAUUAUUAAUGAGUUUGAGAUAGUGCGAUAAUGGAAUGUUGGGAGAAUUCAGCAGGUGAAACUGGUGCUUAUCCAUGUCGUACCCGGGUCUUAAAGUUUUUAUCCAGGCAAUAUGUUGACCAAGGGUAUGGGUAUAUACUUAGUAAAUAUACCUCUAUAACAUGUUUGAUAAUUUUUUGGACUGGAAAUUAUGAAUGGUUGCAAUAAUACAAAAUAGCAAUAAUACAACUUUACGAAUUUUUACUAUUCAACAGAAACGCCACCAGAAUCUGACACAGAGACAACAGUGUUCGACCCAUCGGGCAAUCAGGCGACAAUUCCAAUUGAAGAAACUGUCCCAUUUGCAGUUGUUAUUGUAAUUGCUGAACCAUUCGUGCCUGAAUUGCGGAACAGGCGAAGUCGGGCUUUUGGAAAUUUGAGAAGGAGAUUCCUGGUAUUCUUGAUUCCAGUAUACCGCAAUAGACGUGGUUUUCUUGGUAUUAUCUUCAAUUCAUUUUCCCAGGGAAGUGUUGUUGCAGAUAUCGAAGUAUUAUAUAAUUCCACCGAACCAAUUCCGACUGCUGAGGGAGUUCAAUCACCAAUCGCUGAAGCAAGAGAUAAUGGAUCGGCGAUAUUCAACAUUUCAAGUUUACAAGUCGAGAGAGAGGGUGAGUCACACAGUACAAAUAACAUACAUAGGUAGAAAUAUAAAGCCUACAUUAUUUUAAUGCCAUUAAACUGUUUUAUUAUAUGGCAAGCAUCACUUCCAGUAAAAUUGUGGACUGUGAUUGGCUGAGAAGCACUUUCAGCGCUCCAUUAUUUUCCCGUAAUGGGCCGGCAGUCCAUUACGUAAAAACAAACCGGCUUGCGUUUUAAAACAAAACGGCAAAAUUAAUUGAAAAUUAUAAUUUAAUUUGUUAUUAAUAAGAUAUCUGCGAAUGGUUUUUAGUGUGUAAAGAAGGAAUACAUUGGAAAUUUUUUUUCUUCGACCAAAUGUGUACCACGCUACUAAUAUGCAUUUCAAAUCAUGCACUUCUUGUUUGUUUCAAGUAUAAAUGCCUAUAAAUGCCAUAUAAUAAACUUUUUACCUCGCUUGCUCGGUGUGUACAGAGAAAUAUCGAACCUCGGUCUUUUUUUUACAAACCUCGCCCUACUGGCUCGGUCUGUACAAAAAAGACCUCGGUUCGAUAUUUCUCUGUACAGACCUCGCGUUCAGUCAAUUAAUAAGAAGUUAAUGUCAGCAAUAUAUCAAUACAAGCAUAAAUUUAAAUCCUUCACAAUAUAAGUAACAUGGAAACGGCUGAAGGAAGAGUUAUGUCCGAGAGUUAAGAUUUUCCUAACCCAAUUUCUUCAUUCUCCCGAUGUUUUCUUUCAACUAACAUGAGAGAGGUAAAAUGGGCCUUAUGUAGGUUUCUGUCCUUUUUGUAGGAAUUCUGGACUUUUAUAUGUUGUUUAUAUCAUUAUCACGAGUGUUCACCAAACAUUAUAGUAUUAUAAUCCACACUGCUGUUGAUAUGGUUUUGAAGAAUAUAUUAGAAAAUUAUAGUUGAAUAGCAAUCGGUUUACGUAGCUGUCCAUUUUGUGAUGUUCCAGCCACAUCCCUCACCCCUUGCGAACUAUUCACGCUAUAUGUUACGUAUGGUGCCAAGAUUAUAAUAUUAUAACAGUUUUAAUCUUUGCAACGCCUGUGUAGUUCCUACCUAUAACUCUUCCAGUCCCCUAUUUUUUACAUGAAUUUUAACAUUUUAAAUUUUGAUGUAAUUUAGGUUGUCCCAAUGCUCCAUGCUUGAAUGGUGGGAAUUGUUCCAUUAAUGGAACAUCAUUCUCUUGCUCAUGCCCGGUUAGAUUUACCGGUGACCAGUGCCAAAUCGAAG